AAAUUAAUUUUUGAUUGGUCGGGGAUAGUUUUCGCAGUCGUUCUCCUUCCUCGAUCUGUACAUAUUACGCUUGUACUUUUCACUGUGACCGUUGUUUUAACUCUUUGAUCUGUGUUGCUCGUUGUUACACAGAAACUGAAUGCAUCUCCACUAGCCACGGACAUUUUAAAGGCAACUGCUUCGCGGAGCUUCACCGUCAUAAGCACCGUACAUGUCAGUACAACUAUUUCACCUACGACAGAAAAGGAGAUGAAAUUUAAGGCUUUUAGAACAGGUUACUUCGACAAACUAGCUAUUUUAAGACUGCAUGUAGCUGAGACUGUUAAAGGAUUAUUUGAAACAAACUGAAAAUGCCAGGCCCAGGAAGAAAAGUUCCAUUGUCCUCACCAAUAGACUGUUUCCUUUCGAUGACGAUGUGUUACAUAACCACGACCAAAAUAGUUUUUGACACGUUUCAACGAUUUUGCGAUGUGGUACAUACACUGCAUGCAAUCUUCAGCGUGACAACCUAUCCGAGUGACGGCAAAGCUUACUAUGUUAUUGUAGUGCUACCUUCACCAAUAUCUAAUGGUAGCUUCUUGGUCAAUACACAUACGAAUAAACUAACCAAUAAUUGCAAUGCAAGCAAGCUAACCAAUCAGAACGAGUAUGAGAUAUUUAAUAAUAGCGAUGAAAACCCUACAUUUGCAAAUGGAACGUAUUCACCAUCAAUAAAUAACAAUGUAGAUAAUCAUACAAAUCAAGAUUAUGCAAAUAAUCAGAAUAUACUGAAGAUUGGUAAGAACUUCGUGGAAAAACAAACUACCUACAGAAACGGGAGUAGGCGAGGUUUGAAUAAAUUGAACUCUAACAAUCAGAAAGAUCUUAAAGAGACUUCGUUCCCAAGUUUUAAAGACAAUUUUACGAAAAACCAUGGACAUGGCACACUGGGGUCCAUUCAUUGUACUAGCAAAGAAAACAUGAAAGUAAAAGAGCUGGGUACGAUACUCAAAGAUGAUAACCUUACCAGGUACUGUACCGACAAAGAAAACAUGAAAGUGAAAGAUUUGGGUACGAUACUCAAAGAUGAUAACAUUACAUGUACCGACAAAGAGAAAAUUACAGUGGAAAGCUUGGGUGCAAUACUCGAAAACAUCACAAGUGAUUGUACCGACAUGAAAUUAGAGGACCUGAGUAAAAUAAUCGACGAUGACAGCAGCAAGAAAGACGACAAUUCGCUUGAUGUUGUUUUAAAGGACAGACAAUUGCUUCCUCGAGACAACGAAUUCCUUGUGUACAUGCAAGACGGGGAGGAUGUGUCAAUGAGAGAAGAGCGGUUCCGGCUCCAGACUUUCAGCCACUACCCUCGCAACAGCUGCAAGUCUCCGGUACUUUUGGCCAGCAAUGGAUUUAUGUACGCAGGGGAUGGAUCCGCUGGUGAUGAUUCUGUUGUUUGUUAUUUCUGCCGUUUGAUAGUGAAAAACUGGAGAGAAGGGGACGUCGAAGAAGUUCACAAAGAGUUAUCUCCAAAUUGCCCUAUGGUUACGGGGAUCAACUGUGAUAACGUCCCUUUGGGUUUUUUGCCUAAAGAAGUUCUCGUAAACUUUUACAAACGUGCCAGUUGUUCAGAAGUUGGAUUGUAUCCAGGUGGACGGGCAGUUGAAAGAAAAGGUGAACUGGACUCCAACAAACACACCGAAAGAGCAACAUCUUCGACUAGCUCCAUUGCUGCAUCUACCGAACUAGCUGAGGAACAAGCACCACAUACUCCCAGCUCCCAAAGCAGUGAAAACGACAACGCUCCGACCAGCUCCAUUGCUGCAUCUACCGAACUAGCUGAGGCACAAACACGACAUACUCCCACCUCCCAAAGCAGCGAAAACGACAACGCUUCGACUGUUAUCUCCAACUCUGAGCCAACGAAUCAAUCAGAAACUCCACAGCAGUCUUCUGGUACCACCAGCACCACAACAGUAGACAGAAGAAACUCUCGCUCGCUAACGUACUCUGAGUUAGGCAUCAUAACAGAGAGGCCUAAGCGUCUGGAAUAUGUUCACAAACUGGCACGACUUAGAAGCUUUACAGACUGGCCUAGAGGGCAUCACUUAACGCCGGAAGAAUUAGCCAGUUGCGGUUUCUAUUUCGCAGGUUAUGGUGACUGUGCCAGAUGUUUCUACUGUGGUGGUGGACUCAGGAACUGGGAAGAUGAAGAUGACGUGUGGGUAGAACAUGCCAGAUGGUUCCCCAGGUGUGCUUUUAUCCGUCAACAGAUGGGACAGGUGUUUGUGGACACCGUGCAAAAAUUAAACGAGGACCACGACGAGAUAUCACUCCAGAUGGUCAUGAACGAAAUGGGCACUUCCACGUCGACAUUUCAGUUAGACGGCAGAACGAACCAGUUAGAGAGAGACCCGGCAGUCCUGACGGUGAUUGACAUGGGCUAUAACCGGAACGAUGCCGUCAGCCGCGCGCAACACAUUAAAGAGCAGAAUAGCAUUUUGUCUGCCGACACUCUUUUAGAGGAUUUACAGCAAACGACAGCACCAUCAGUUGAACGGCAGUGUGAGCUGUCUUGCAGGAGUAGCGCUGGAAACGGUCGAGAAAAUUUAGAAUCAAUUCGACUGAUAAAAGAACAGAACAACCGUCUACGUCAGCAGACUGUGUGUAAGAUCUGUAUGGACAAAGAGGUGGCUGUCGUCUUCCUGCCCUGUGGUCAUCUGGCGUCGUGUGCGGACUGUGCCUCAGCCAUGAGAGACUGCCCCAUCUGUAGAGUGAACGUCAGGGGCAUUGUCAGGGCAUUUAUGUCAUAGGUCAUCUUGACAUCUCAUCUUUUUAAAAGCCUUGAAAAAAUAAUUAGGAAAUGUAUUCAGUCUUUUACUUAGUUGAUUUCUUGUUUUGAAAUUUGUGUUUUAAAGCAAAAUGAUAUUAUAUGUUUCUUAUAAAUGGAUAAUGUUGAAAUGCUACAAUAAAACAGUAAUGAAAUUGUG